AUGGAAUUGAGUGACUCUGAGUCCGAAUGCACUAAAACAAUUACAAGGGACCACAUUACAAUUAAUCAGGAGGCUGAAUAUACGAAAAAUGACCAGACCAAUGUGGAGGAGAAAAAAAAUUGCUCUACUGAGUCUGAGGCUGAGUGGUGUUCAGAGUCGGAGUUCACAGAUAAUGACACACCUUGGCAAAACCCAACCUAUUUUGCAAACCGUUGGCAAGAAUACGCCUUUAUCAGUACUUGUAUGUUGGCCCAGUUGUUGAACCAGGCUGGCCAGGCACAGGCUACAGCACCUAUGAAUAUCCUUGCGGAUGCGUUCAAUUCUAGUGCAAAAAAGCAGACGUGGCUGAUGGCGUCCUUCCCAUUGGUCUCUGGUUCGUUCAUCUUGGUCAGUGGUAGAAUCGGCGACAUAUACGGGUUGAAGAAAACUUUGAUUGGUGGGUACUUGGUCGUUCUUAUUUGGUCGCUGAUUUGCGGGUUUGCAAACUAUACACACAAUGACGCGUUUUUCAUCCUGUGUAGAGCUUUCCAAGGUUUGGGUAUCGCUUUCAUCUUGCCCAAUGUAAUGGGGUUGAUCGGUAAUAUCUACAAAGCGAACACACUGAGGAAAAAUUUUGUCAUCAGUUUUGUAGGAAUGUGCGCCCCGAUAGGUGCCGCUCUGGGUGGGGUAUGGUCUGGGCUUAUUGCGCAUGAGAACCCUAAACAAUGGCCCUGGAUUUUUUACGCGUAUGCUAUCGUCGUGGCUAUCAAUAUGGUAAUGGCCAUCUAUUCGAUUCCAAGCACGGUCCCAACAAACAUCCACGGCUUUGGGAUGGACUGGACUGGGUCUGCUAUUGGGGUCGUUGGUAUGAUUCUCUUCAAUUUCGUUUGGAAUCAAGGACCAAUUGACGGUUGGAAUAAGGGAUACAUUAUCGCAUUACUGAUUGUUUCAGUGUUUCUCUUGAUUGCGUUCUUCAUCUACGAGAUCAAGUUUGCGAAAUCCCCGCUGCUACCCCCUGAAGUGAUCAAAAAUCGUCACAUUGGUAUGAUCCUUCUUGCAGUUUUCAUGGGAUGGGGGUCCUUUGGGAUUUGGACGUUUUACUACUACGCGUUCCAGCUUAACCUCAGACAUUAUUCUGCAGUAUGGGCCGGUGGUACAUUUUUCAUGUUUGUUAUCUGGGGUACGAUAGCAGCAUUCUUGGUUGCCCUGACAAUUAAACGGGUGGGGCCCUCAGUACUGCUCUGUUUUUCCAUGACUGGAUUCACAGUAGGAUGCAUUAUGCUGAGCGUGACUCCCGUGCAUCAAAGCUACUGGAAAAUGAACUUGGGGAUGCAGAUUAUCUUAAGUUUUGGUAUGGAUCUUUCGUUCCCGGCAUCAUCUAUCAUUCUCAGUGACUUCUUGCCCUCCCAGUAUCAGGGGAUGGCUGGUUCCCUGGUUAAUACAAUGGUGAACUACUCUACCUCGCUUUGUUUAGGGGUUGGUUCAACAGCAGAAGCUCAAGUGAACAAAAACGGGACAGACAAACUGAAAGGUUACAGAGCAGCGCUUUACGUUGGGAUUGGGUUAGGUGCCUGUGGAAUGCUUGUAGCGUUCUGCUAUCUAUUUGAGGUUCUCUGGAUAGGCAGAAAAAAGCGUUUGGAGAAGAGGAAAGAGAAGACUACUGCAACAUGCUAG